CCGAAAUUCAGUCGUAGUCUGGCGCUCGCACACAGCGGACGCUUAUUAUCUAUUAGUGGAAGAUAACCAAGUAUUAAAUCAACCAAAGGAACCAUCAUGUCGGAGGGCGAGUCCAAGUUCGGUUUCAAGGAUAUGGAGAAGGCGCUGGAGACGCUGAAGCUGCUGGAGAGCCAUGACAUGCAAUAUCGCAAGCUUACAGUUCGCGGCCUGCUGGGCAGGGCCAAGAGGGUGCUAUCGAUGACCAAGGCGGAGGAGAAGCUGAAGAACAUCAACGAGGCCAUUGGUGUCUUUGAAAAAUGGCUGGAGGAAAACGGCGGCGGAGCUUCCAAUAAGAAUGCCAAGACCGACAGCGAGGACAAGGUGGAGACGGUGCCCGGUUUGGGCUUCAAAGACAAGGCGGCUGCGGAGGCGACGCUGAGCAUCUUGGCAGAACGCGAUCCGGACUACCAGAGGCUGGCCAUUAAGGGUCUAAUUGGCAGCUCCAAACGAGUCCUGUCCGGCACCAAGAAUGAGGACAAGAUCAAUGCCAUCAAGGAGGCCGUUCAGUUGCUGGAGGAUUUCCUAGAGAAGUUUGAGGCGGAAAACCGAAUCAAGGACAAUCGCGCCUACUUGCCCGUGACAGUCAUUACAAAGCUGCCAGAGCCCAAGGACGAUUCACUGGUUAAGGAGUUCCUUGAAGCCUAUGGCGGCUCAAAGGCCAAGGGCAACUAUAAGCACCUGCGCACCAUGUUCCCCAAGGAGAACGAGAGCACCAGCUGGGACAUUGUCCGCAAUCGUCAGCUGGCCAAGCUGCUGGAGCAGAUCAAGAGCGAGGAGGCCAAGCUUUUCGAUGCGGAGACCGGGGCACCCACUGAUCUGCAUCUGCAGCUCAUCCACUGGGCCUACAGCCCACAGCCGGACAAGUUAAAGCAGUACGUCGAGAAGCUGGCCAAGAAGACGCCCGAGAAGCGAAAGCAGGAGAGCAGCAGCAGCAGUGCCAAUGACUCGAGCAACAGCAGCAGCCAGGACUCCGACCAGGAUGACAAGCCCAAGAAGAAGAAGAAGAAGGAGGAGUGAAACACACACAGCUGCCAGUUUAACGAACAGAAACGUUUCAUAUGACCCUGUUCUCGUUUCCGAAACCAAUCUAAACUCUCUAAAGGUUUUUCAAUUGGUUUUGAAAACGGAAGCGGGGCUUAAUAGUUUAUUUUUUAAGUAACUCAACCUCAACGCAGACUACGAUUAGUGGGAGACACCCUGUUAAUGUUCUCCUCUAUCAGGGAUGGCCAGGGAAAUUUCUAGGGAGUUGAAAUCACCUUGAAAGGUGCCUGAAAGUAUGUGAAAAAUUGUGACAAAAUCAAAUCUUGAUUAUUUUUGAACACCUUUUUGCAUUGAUUUCAAAUCCCUUAGCAAUUUCGCGGACAACCCCCUUUUUAAGUUGUAUAUAUACACAGAUUUAUAUAUGUUAUGUAGGCGUGCUAUAUAUAUGUAAUAUCUUACAGUACCAUUCGUGUAUGUAUAUAUUUCGCUUUGAUGAGCCCAGCGGCGACGACCUUUGGAAUCAAUAAAUAUUUAGGCUCCUCACGCA